UCAUCAUUUGUCUAGUGACGUAUACAGUAUACUCCCUUUGUUAUCAUCCUCAAAUUUUGAAUCAUUUUACUACUUACUACUCUCCGGAGGUCAUACUUGAAUUUUCAGAAGCCUCCACGUUCCACUUUCUUUGUUUACUCUACCUUUUCUCCUUUUUCUUAUCGUAGCUUUGUGUCCACUGAAUUCUAGGGUUUCGCAUCAUAAUUCUUAGCAAUGGAUUGGGGCAACGUGAGCACACAGGAUCUAAUUGAGGCUCUACGCGAAGUCGAGUGGUCAUCUCCGCCACGUCCGCCCUCUGAAUUCUUCUCUCGAUUCACUUUCCCUCGAUCUUAUUCCAAAUGGAACAGUCGCCUCAAGUGUAAUCUUUACUAUUACAGGACGAAUUACUUUAUUAUGAUUGUGGUUAUUCUUGCAUUGGGGUUUCUAAGGGGGCCACUUGCAAUUGUUGGUGCCCUUUUGACAGCGCUUAGUAUUGCUUUUCUAAAUGACAGUUUUGCAGGUACUUUUAGUGAAAAGGUGACAAGAACUGUCAGGCAGUUUUCACCUCAUUUAGCUGCAAAAAUGAGGCCUCCACUCACGCCUGUUAUUCGAGGGCGGCCAUCCGCUAAAAGAGCAAUAUUCAUUUGUGGAAGGCCUCGUUGGGUGUUUGUCUUUGUAUUUUCUAUAGUGAGUUUCUUCCUCUGGUUUGUUUCCUGUGGCCUCUUAACCGUCUUAUGGGCACUUGGUAUAGGCCUUCUUGCCACUCUUGUUCAUGCAAGCUUCAGGACUCCUAAUCUGAAGGCUCGUCUCAAUACAUUUCGUGAAGAAUUCCGAGCUGUCUGGCGCAACUAUAGUGAGCUGUAGCUUCAAUGGAGUUCUGGUUGCUUUACUGUGAUUGGCCUUUAGAUGUAUUGAUUCGUUCAUUAUAUUUUUCUCUGUCUUACUGUCUGUAAAUUAACAUGGUCUAAUCAGUCUUGAAAUAGUAACAAAUACUUGUGGUUUGUCAUUUUACACGCUUGCCAGAUAAGGUGUAUAUUUUCCUUUCUUUAGAAAAAAGUAAAUUACCGGUUGAUCCUGUAUUUUUGAAUCCAGUUCGAACUGCAAAUAAUGAAAUGUUGUCCUGAUAGCAAACUGGAUUGAUCUAUA